AUGCCUCCCAUCGAUUCUUCAUCCUUGAACUCAGGAAAGCACGAUGAUCUACCUCUUGCCAACGCUGGUAGCCUUGAAGGAUUUAUUAAAUAUCUGGGUAUACUGGCCUCAAGCCCUAAAUCUCAGUUUGCAUCUGCUGUGCUUGGCGAGAUCGCUCAACAGCGUAAGCAGAUUCACUUUCAAGAAGAAGAUUUGAAGAGACUCCAACAGGAUAUAUUACAUAUAAAGAAAACAAAGGAAACUACCAUCGACGAUAUGUUUGCUGCCAACGAGAAAGAAAGAGCAAGGCAGAAAGACUCCGCCACGCAGAUUGAAUCCCUUCGUGCUACUGUUCACGAAAGGGAAAUCAAAAUCGCUGAAUUAACGAGGAAUGUAGAGUCUCUGCAAAAGGAAAUCGGAGAUUUGAAAUCGACUUGCGCGCAGGAGACCGCGAAGCUCUCACAGUCUGCUAAAGAUAUCACUAUGCUGCAAAACAAUUCGAAGGACAAGGACAAGACUAUAGAUCAGAUGAAGACAGCUGGAUCGAAGUUGAAAUCAAUGUUAUCAUCGGAGCAGAAAAAGAGCGGAGAGCUAGAAGCUGCUAAUGCCUCGAUGAGCAUAGAGCUGCAGGCGGUCAGGGCCCAUGCCCAAAAACUGGACGAUUUCACUGUCCAAUCCUCGGACAUUGAUGAUGAUUUUGUGUAA